CCUCGGAGGUAUGUGUGUCUCGUUGUGCGGAUGGUUUCAUUACAAACGAGCAGUGGACAGCUGGGAACUGUGGGCCAGGUUGAUCGCCAAAUGAGCUGGAUUAUUAAUCUCGCGGCAACCAUUUAAAUAUUGAGGGGCCGAUCUCUUCGUGGAAGUAGGAGGUUCCCCCUGUGGGAACGCUUAACUGGACCGGCGGCGUUUGUAUUUCACUGGAAUCAUUCGGUGUCUUGGUUUUUUAAAGGUAGGACUUGGCGGCUUGAUGCUUGCAAUACUUUUGCUGCACCGAGGGAAACGGUACCUGUUUUACUGGCCUGAUUCGACAUUCUGUCGAUCGCCCUAACAGCGCAAGAUCCCCGCAGCAUCUUGGUAUUGACUGGACGGUACAUACACUUUGCACCUGGUGAUCUUCGCAACAGAUCUAACUUCUGCGUUUUGGAGGCAAUGGCUUACACGAAUACUUCUUUAAGGACAGCUUUAUUGCGUUAAUUUCAUGUAGCCUAUUUCUAAAUUUUUUCAGGUUUUAAUUAUUUUGUACAUUUAACAUUUCUUUCAUUAUUUUUGCGAGCCCCUUGCUAAAUGAUUUUUAGCUGUCUAUUGUUUUUUCGAAGUGGUUUUUUGCGUUGUUGGGGACAUGGAUCUAGUGAAAGGACUAUCAUUGGAAUGAAGAUUGUCGCCUGUCUGUCCACGCUGCUUUGUCAUUAUAAUUUCCAUGCGUCCGGUCUGUCGGCAGAUUCCUGCGAGAGCGCCCGAUGCUGUUUUGCAUUUCGAUAAAGUGAAGGUUAGGGGUGGCGAGACUGGUACUGAGUUGAUGAGAGCACUUUCUUGGAAAUUACCCACGUUUUUAAAACAAUUUUACAACCACAAACAUAAACAGAAAGGACGUGUUUUUCUUUAUGUUUUUUUUUUGUUCCAUUUUAAAAUUUGGUAACAUUUUUACCUGGAUUGAAUUAGGAUGCUUCUAUAUUGCUGCCUAAACGUACUGGCUAUGAGACUCGCCAACAAAUUCACCUGUAGCUUUUUCUUCGCGCUUUUGUUGUUUCAAAUGCCUCACUCCAUCUCAACUUUAAUUACCGGUACCGAAGCCAGCUGCGAAAACGAAGGGGAGGUGUUGCACAUACCCAACAUUACAGACAACCCCUGCAUCACCUGCGUGUGUUUGGACAAGAAAGCAGACUGCAAGCAGGAGAAGUGCCCCCUGGUGGCGGAAGACUGCGCGCUGGUGGUCAAGCAGACCGGAGCCUGCUGUGAGCGAUGCAAAGGCUGCCAUCUGGAUGGAAAGGCCUACAACAGCUCCACCACAUGGAGCACCACCACCAAACCCUGCACCACCCGCAGGUGCCAGGAAGGUGUCAUCACUGAAGCGGAGGUACAGUGUGUGGUCCACUGUAAGAACCCAAAGAUUCACCCCAAAAAAUGCUGCCCCUCCUGCCCUGGCUGCAUCUUCGAAGGCCGAUUGUACAAAGAGAGGGAGGAGUUUCAUCCUGAAGGACAGCCAUGUAUCAGAUGCUCAUGUACAGGAGGCAGAACACUGUGCAUGAAGGAGGUUUGCCCUGUGCUCUCCUGCCCCUCCUUCCUGAGCCACACCCCACCCGGACAGUGCUGCCCCAAGUGCCUAGGCCAGAGGAAGGUGUUUGAUCUGUCGUUGGGAAGCUGCCUGUUUCACAGCGAGGUUUAUGAGAACGGAACUUCUUUCAAGUACGACAACUGCACCUCGUGCACCUGCAAGGAUUCCACCGUGGUGUGUAAGAAGAGGUGCUCAAGGCCUGGAAGUUGCCACGGCGACAGGGAGCAGUGCUGUGAUGAGUGUCUGUCAUACAUUAAGGUGGAGGACAUCAAGUACUGUCGAGUCAGGAACAAGAUCUACAGGGAAGGGGAAAUGUGGUCAUCGGUGAACUGCACGCUGUGCGCCUGCGUCAAUGGCAACGUGGAGUGCCACCAGAAACAGUGUGUGCCCAUCACAAGCUGUCCCUCGAACAAAAUACUCAACCGCACUGGCUGCUGCCCUGUUUGCACUGAAAAACCUGGGGUGUGCACUGUUUUUGGGGACCCGCACUACAACACAUUCGACGGGCGCACCUUUAACUUCCAGGGCACGUGCCAGUAUGUGCUCACCAAAGACUGCUCCCCCGCGGCCAGCUUCCAGGUGCUGGUGAAGAACGAUGCGCGGCGAACGCGCUCUUUCUCCUGGACCAAGUCUGUGGAGCUGCUGACCGCUGGCCACAGCUUCAGCCUGCACCAGCACCUGACCGUCCGGCAGAACGGCAGCCGCAUCGCCCUGCCCUACCACGGCCUCGGCGUGCACAUCGACCUGGACGGCUACCUGCUGAAGCUCAGCACCAGCGCGGGGCUGGAGAUCACGUGGGACGGGGACAGUUUUGUGGAGGUGGUGGCCGCGCCCCGUCUGAGGGGCAAGCUGUGCGGCCUGUGCGGCAACUACAACGGCCACAAGCGGGAUGACGCCAUCGGCCGCGACGGCCUCUUCAAGUUCGACGUGGACGAGCUGGCCGAGACGUGGCGGGUGGAGAGCAACGAGGUGUGCGGUCUGCCGCGCAGGAAGCCGCCCUCCAUCCUCUGCCCCGGCUCCGUCAAGGUCAAGUUCCGCGCCCACCGGGAGUGCCACAAGCUCAAGUCCUGGGAGUUCCACAAGUGCCACUCCGUCGUGGACUUCACCUCCUUCUACAGGUCUUGUGUCACAGACAUGUGUGAGUGUCCCAUUCACAAGAACUGCUACUGUGAGUCCUUCAUUGCCUACAGCCGGGCCUGUGAGCGGGAGGGGGCGCUAGUGCACUGGAGGCCAGAACAGACCUGCGUGGCCACCCAGUGCAGGCAUGGUGCAGUGUAUGACACGUGCGGACCGGGCUGCACCAAAACCUGCGACAACUGGAACGAGAUUGGACCGUGCCAUAAACCCUGCGUGGCCGGCUGCCACUGUCCCGCAAACCUGGUCCUGUUCCAGGGUCGCUGCAUCAAACCCACCUUGUGCCCGGGGCGGUGACAUUAACUGCCCCGAGGCGGGAGGAGCGGGGUAGUUAGCGGGGGUACUUGUGAGAGGAGAGGGGAGGGGGUGUGGGAGCAGCUCACAGACCAGUCACAGACAAUGAAGGAUGUUGAGACCAAAGGGAAUCUGCAUGCAGCGCGGCAGACUUGGACUGCAAUGCUGUUAACAUGGCCGCUGCAUUAUUGGGAUGUCUCUAGAGUACGAGGCUUCCUGAGUGCCUGUCUGGGCUCCUCCCCCUUCACUUCUGCUCCUGCUGAUGGCAUGAGCUGGCGGGAAACUGCAUUCCCCACCCUCAGGCACUCCUUGCUCACUCAUGGGGGACUGCAGUACCACUGCCCACCACCAGGAGGCACAACGGAUCAAUGAAGAUGGGACUCUGGGGAGGACCUGUACCUUUAAGAGGAGAGAAGACAUGAUGCUGGCUGCAUAUUUUUAGAUCAAAUGAAAACAAUGAAAAAGAAUAUAGGAGCUUGCGGUCAUCAUGUCAGAAAAUACACACUUGGAAUAUGAGUGAACAUUCUGAAACAUGGCCUCACUAAAUGUAAUACUGUAAACUAGUGAGAUUUGUAUAGAGAUUUUCAGACAACUUCAUUUUGUAUUAAUAUUAUUUUUGUUGAAAUUUAAUUUAUAUAUAGAAAAUUUGUCACAAUGUAGCAAGAGCCAAAAUCAAAUUUAAUUUUGUUAAAAUGAUUUAAAGGGAAGAAAGCUAUGUAUGUAUUUGUUUGUUUUUACUGCAUUCUGCCUAAGAGAAGAGACCGCUGAAUUUGACUCCAGUGUUGCAAUGGCCUCGAAUAUGUACUGUAUUUUGGAAUGCAUGGUGUACAGUCAAGUCUAUUUCUGACCUGAAGGUGUUCUGUUGUGUAUGUGUGUAUAUAUAUAUAUAUAUAUGUAUAUGUGUGUGUAUAUACAUAUAUAUUUAUGUAUGUACUAUAUAUAUGUAUAUAUAUAUAUAUAUAUAUAUAUAUAUAUAUAUAUUUCACUUGUCUUUGUAAGUAAUUAUUUAAGAGCAACAUAUAUUCUUUUCAUGAAA